CGUUCGCUGACGGACUCAUAUAGAUGUGGGACGGGAGCGAUGGAAAAAUGGCAGCCGCUGUUGUACAAAUGUCAUGUUUGUACCGGGGCAUGUUAGCGGUCCGGGCCACAGGCAUCAGGACACUGAUACCUGGGCUCGUCCCUUCACAGUUUCGAGCCUUCUCUGUGCGUAAGGAACCAGAACUGGAGGAGAAUCCGUUUUACAACAAAUACCAGGACAAAAUCCAGAAGCUACGCAGCUCCAAACCACAGGAAUACAAAGUUCGACUUGAGAACCGCCACGAUGCCAAGAAGGAAGUCCUCGGAAACUCGAAGCAGGCAGAGUUUGUCAGGAUCAUGGAACAGGAGUUAGAGAAACGGGACAAGAUGGCCACUGAGGAUGGAACAUCAGGAGGGUUCACCAGGAAUAAGACUCUGAGCUCAAUCUUCAACCUGGAGUUGAUCCAGGACAAAACAGGGGAAGAGAUUGCUGAGCUUUGGAUGAAGUAUUACUCAACCAAGGACACAAUAAGUGCCGUCAUUCCGACACAGAUCUAUGAGACGAUUAUCAGCAGGUCACAGUCCUGUCCAAUGUUCCUCUACGCUUUGCCUCAGAAGGAGGGUUAUGAGUUUUUUCUGGGUCAGUGGUCUGGAAAUGAGCUCCACUUGACGUCCCUCAUCAACGUACAGACAUUAGGUGAAAAUGCUCCCAGUCAGCUGAUCCUCUACCACUACCCAGAACUGAAGGAUAACAAGGGUGUGGUCUUCAUGACUGCCGAGAUGGACCCCAAGUUUAUCACUGUCCACCAGGCUCAAUGCUUGGCCAACCAGGUGCAGCUCUUCUACGGCACACAGAGGCAGGAGACGUUUCAACUGGUGGAGACAUUCAACCACCAACCUGCAGACUUCAAACACAUGAUGGUGAUAGCAGAGCUGGAGCAGAGCGGCCUGGGCCCAGCAGUGUCCCCUCAAGAAUCUUAGUGGACUGAAGUCACUGUCAGGCUGAGGUCACUCUCAGACUGAGGUCACCAUCAGAUCAUCACGUGAACUCUUGUCCUUCUCACACAUCUCCUCUGCUCAUCUCUCUACACUGGGAUUAAUAGAACUUGAUUUUCAUACUGCGUGUGAACUUUUCAUUCACAACUAUUGAAGUAUGAACUGUAGAAAUGUCUGAGGUUUUUUUUUUGUUUAAAUCACACAUUAUUUUUAACAUUUUUUUUCAUCUGCUCUAACAUCUACUUUUAUAUCAGUGAGACCUCUUUAAGUAAAAGUGCAUCAUCAGAAAAUAAAUGUAUAUAUUUAUUUAACACCCAUCAAUGUACUGUCAGAACAGUAUUUCCUGUAGAUAAACUCAAGUAAUGUACAAAAAUGUCAUGCAAAAAGUCCACACCAAUAAAAAGUUUUUAUCCAUA